GGGAGUGUGCGCGCUUGUAUAAUCUCGUUAAUAACGAAUUACGAAACUACGAAACCCAGUGCGGCACUCUUGUCAGAAAUGAUUGGCUUCUUUAAAAUUGAAUUAAGUCUAACAGGAUAAUAAAGGGGCCGCGCCGACAACCGGCACCAGCGCCAAGCAGCACCGGCACCGGCACCGGCACCAAACAGCACCAGCAGAAGCAGACCAUCGCGUGCGUGCCCGUGUGUAUGUGUGUGUGCGUGCGUGCGCGUAAAAAAGAGAAAAAAAGCGAAAAAAAACACAACAACACACGCCACACACGCAAGUCACAACAACGGCAGUCGACAACGGUCGACGGACGGAGCGCAGUUACUGCGCCGCAGUAUAGACUCGUCGUCGUCGGUUGGGGUACUCGGUGCGAGUACUUACACUGUGCAGUGCACAACGGCCGUUUGCAUCGCCGUUUUUCCGUCACCAUAGUAGUUCWUCGAAACCUUAACGUACAACGUACUUUCGGCCUACGAGCGGUGGUGGCGGGUAACUAGCCCCCCGUGUGCUCGGUACACGUUGUUGUUGUUGAUGUUGCUCGAACACAGCGGUGGUGUAGAUUAAAAUUUCCGGUCGACCGUUUCACAUCAGCUGCUGCACACGGGCCGCCGGAUCGUGUACACACACGCAUACACACACGCGCGCGCGCGCGCGCGUAUAAUAUAUUCGCCGCAGCGUCUUCUUCACUCGCUCACCCGCUCUCUCACUCUCGCUCUAGCGCGCGCACACUGCUGCUGCCGCCGCCGCCGUCACCACACCCAGCCGCGCGCCGGCGAGACGACCGCCCCAGCCGAGUGCGAGAUAUCGCCGUACCCACACACACUCACACACACAUAAUCGUACACGCUCACGUAUUAUACACGUCGUCGUAUAAUAUUAUAAUAAUAUAACACUCGUACACGUAUAUUAUGUGCGGACGAGUGAUGUAGAUAAUAAUAUAUUUUUGUGCCGAAUCGAACGCGCGAAUAAUCGCUUUGGCAUUUCUUUCCUAUCGUUGAGCAGCCCUACCGCGGUAAGUGUGUGCGCGCGCGCUCGUGUCGUUUUUCACUCGUGUGUGCGGCCGUCGCCCAUCGACGGAUAGCGAUUUUGUGUGCGAGUGUGUGUGUGUGUGUGUGUGUGUACACGCGUGUGUGUGUGUGCGAGCCGCGUUUGUUUUUACGUGCGACCGAUCUCUCGCCGCCGGAUAUCCACGGACACYCACUGGUCCAACGACUACCCACCCGGGAUUCACACCACCACGCCGGCUUUACUAACGGCACCACUGCCGGCAGCACCGGCACCACCAGAGAUGUGUACAUGGACGAUGGCGUGCCGCCGGUUGUCGCCGCCGUCCUAGGAGGCCAGAUUCGUGUUGUUGUUGGUCGACGACGACACACACACCCACCCACACGCACGGUGCGUUUUUGGUGAGGCAAGGCGCGCUGCGGGUCACUGUGGAGUGGCACGAGGUGUCUGCUGCUGCUGGCCGCGUUGGUGGUGGUGGUGGUGGUGAGUACGACGGGUGGACAGCGCAGCAGGUAAUAACGGACGCGCUGCGGCAGCCCACUGUCCUCCGUCAUCGUGGUGGACCGGGCCCCAAGGUGCUGCUACUGUCACCGCUGAAAUGGCGUGUUGCCUAUCUGAGGAGGCCAAAGAACAGAAGCGCAUCAACCAGGAGAUCGAACGACAGCUGCGGCGUGACAAAAGGGACGCCCGGCGAGAGCUCAAACUCCUGUUGCUCGGUACUGGUGAAUCAGGGAAAUCCACGUUUAUCAAACAAAUGCGGAUUAUCCAUGGUUCUGGUUACUCCGACGAAGACAAAAGAGGGUUCAUCAAACUAGUAUACCAAAAUAUAUUCAUGGCCAUGCAGAGUAUGAUCAGGGCCAUGGACAUGCUCAAAAUACAUUACUCUGAUCCAUCAUGUUCUGAACGUGCGGAGCUCAUUAAAAGUGUAGAUUUUGAAACAGUAACGACAUUUGAAAGUCCAUAUGUCGAAGCGAUCAAAGCACUCUGGGGAGACUCUGGUAUUCAAGAAUGUUAUGAUCGCAGGCGGGAAUACCAGCUCACAGAUUCUGCUAAAUAUUACUUAAGCGACUUACCAAGAAUCGAGGCCCCUGAUUAUUUACCUACUGAACAGGACAUUCUACGUGCUAGGGCUCCAACUACAGGCAUUAUCGAGUACCCUUUCGAUCUUGAUGGUAUUGUCUUCAGGAUGGUUGAUGUUGGGGGCCAGAGAUCAGAAAGACGGAAAUGGAUCCAUUGUUUUGAGAAUGUAACAUCCAUCAUAUUCUUGGUGGCACUUAGUGAAUAUGAUCAGAUUCUUUUUGAAUCCGAAAACGAAAAUAGGAUGGAAGAAUCCAAAGCAUUAUUCAAAACUAUCAUAACAUAUCCUUGGUUCCAACACUCAUCAGUAAUAUUGUUUUUGAACAAAAAGGAUCUUCUCGAAGAGAAAAUCAUGUAUUCUCAUCUGGUAGACUACUUUCCAGACUUUGAGGGUCCUCAAAGGGACGCCAUAAGUGCACGAGAGUUUAUAUUAAGGAUGUUUGUGGAUUUGAAUCCUGAUAGUGAGAAAAUAAUUUAUUCACAUUUCACAUGUGCCACAGAUACCGAAAACAUUAGAUUUGUCUUUGCGGCAGUGAAAGACACCAUACUACAAUCCAAUCUCAAAGAAUACAACCUUGUGUAAUGUUGCACAAAUAAUGCGAAACCCCAUAUGUUAAUAUUUUUUACUAUUUUAAUGUUAAAAUAACAAUACGAUUAGUAUAAAUCCUAAUUAUAUAUAAAAACAAACAACAAAAAAGUAAAAAAAAAUUAUGAGAAAAUGUGUCCUAUGUUUUUUGUACAAUAUUUUUAACAGAGUACGUUUUCUCUCACAUUUUUAUCUCCAUGAGUGUGUUUGUUAAUGUUGGUGUCGUGUGUGAGUCGGUGUAAAUCCGUCAUGAUUUCGAUAACAUAACAUAUAAAGGGUAACUUACAUUUUUUUUUAAUACAAAUUUUUUACUCAUGUAAAAAUUAAUUGAAAGAAAAUUAUGAUUAAUACUUUUUAUAAGAGCGCAUUUUUUUUAAUUUAAUUUAAUUUUUUUAUUUAAAAAAAAUAUAUGGUUAAUCUCCUAUAUGUUCAUUGCAUUUAACCCUUAUGUUAUAAUAAUAAUUAUACAAACUAUAUAAUAUUUAAAUAUUAAAAAUGUCAAUAUGAAAUACGUGUACAUAAAUCUAAUGAGAUUAAGAAAUUAUUAAUAUCAGAAUAUAAAUGUUUAAGUGUAAGUAAAAACAAAACAAUUCAACCAACAAAAAAUAG